AUGGUCUCCGGCGGUGGCCAGGCCCAGGCGCCGUCGUCUGCUCCGGCGGCAGAGUACGGCAGCACGCUGCCGCAGAUGGUGGACGAUGAGAGGAGCUACAAGUCGCAUGGGGAGCUCAUGCUGCUGCUAUUCGUCGUCGUCUUUGCGCUCCUCUUCGCUUCUGUCUUCUUCUUCCUCUGGUUGAGACGAAGGAGGGACCGCCGGCGCUGA